AUGGCCUUCUUUUAUAAUUUCAGUGCUCUUCCAACAUCUGUACUCUCACUAAUGCUGUUUGUGCUGUUGUUAAUGUCUAGGUAUGAGACUACCUCCAGUGAGGAUGAAUCCAGUGAGGAGGAGAAGGAGGAGGCAGGGGAGGAGGAGGUGGACAGCUCUGAGAAUGAGGAGCAGCAGGAGGAGCAGGAGAAGGAGGAGGGAGCUGGAGCAGCUCAGGCCCAGGAAGCAGGGGCCCAGGCUGGGGAGACAGAGGGCCAGGAAGACCCCCAGGACCCAGAGAACAGCCAGGCACUCCUGGAGGAGCAGCCAGCUGCAGCAGGGUGUGUUGGGGGAUAGAAGGAGAGUGUGGAUAUGCGGGGAAAUAAUUAUAAUAAUUAUAUAAGUAGUGAGAUAGCGAAGUUGGUGACAAGAACAUGUGUUGUUUAACUCCCACAGUGGGCCACCCACCAGGCAGUUCUUGAUCAAGGUUCUUUACCCAUAUUGUUUCAUUAAAUAUCAUCCAGAGUGGAUUACUUCUGAAAUGAUGUUGUCAUCCUCAUAAUAACUGCACGUGGUUUUACCGCAACAGAGUAGAGCAACACCCUUCAAUUGAAGCGCCUGGAAACAAAUGACACAUCUCUCACAGAAACAGAUCAACAAUUAAAUCACAGAUAAUUAUAAGGGAGCAGGAGAACUUCUAAAUUGGCUACAAUAAUUACAAUAACUUUUCAAGCAACAAAUUGACAGAUUUCCAGUACCCCCCUUUCUUGACACCUGUAACUGCCAUUUCCUGCCAUCUAGAGCAAAAAAUUACAUUAAAUGAUAACAAAUAACGUUUUUUUACAUAGUGUUGCAGCCAGCACAAGAUGGCGCAGCCCCCUCUUAAAUUCUUUGGGGAGAACCCUGAUCCAUGUCUUUGUUCAGGUGAGGGCCAGCUGCAUACAGCCUGGAACCUACAGUAUAGAGCCUUCAGGGCCCAAUUAGACCACAAUGAGACAGGUGCUGAGUGAAGCUUUAAUAUAUCAGCCAUCCACCCCACUGAUGGGGCCUAGAAUGGUCUGGCCCCUUCUGCUGCUGACAUACCAGACAUAUACACACAUGUACACACACACACACACACACACACACACGAGCACACACUGAAGUGUGAUUCAGUUACAGGGAGGAUGUGUUGGAUAUGUUGACCUUGUGGCUCUGUCUCAGAAACAGGCCCUCAGGGAGUGUGCUGUUGUUCUGUCUGUGUUAGUCAGGAAGGAGCAGGCGUGACAUCAUGUGGGCUCUACAUUGUUGUUGACAUGAUUACAUGCAGCAUCGUGAUGAGAAAACAGACAUACCAUGAUUAUAUAUUACUACAGCAGCUAAAGUUUCACAGUGAAGAGAUAGGAAAAGUACAGUUGUGUGUUUAUUACUAUCGAUGAGUCAUCAUCACAUAAAUUUAUUUGUAUCUUUAUUUAUAGUCUCGGUAAACUUAAUGUCAAGAGAUGUAAGCUAUCAUGUUUCAUAAGGAAUGUGUUUUGCAUUAGGCUAUGUUAGCUAUUUAUGUAUCUGUUUAUUGCUUAUGCUUAUGUAUGAUUAGGCCUGGCAUGUUUUGACUUGAUUUCCCUACUAGGGUUCAUGAUAAUUUCAUCCAGACCAUUGCACCACCACUAAAAUAUGUCUGUCUGUCAUUAUGAAUUGCUAUGAAAGAUAACUUAAAGUUAUGUUAUGUUCACACAGGGAGACGAUAGAUAAGGGCUUCAUGGAAGCGUGUCACUACAUUAAGGAUCGUAUGGCAGAGGUGGUGACCCCUGAUAAAGAAAUGGUAAGAACAGUUCCCCUCAAACUGUCGUGCCUGAGGUUAAUCGUGGUUAAGGCCGACACCCUCUUCACAUAUGCGACCCAUGAACGGCGAGGGAACGAAUCCCAGCCCGACUGGUCUUCACACAAUGUACCUCAUUUUUGUACCCCUUUCCAUAAAUGGGAAAAUACCUGAAAACAUAUUUUAAAUUUAAAAAAGUACAAACGCUAACAAACGUGAACUCUAACCCCACCUUCAUGUGCACAUCCUGGUUCAACCCAUAGAGAUUUAGUUAGAGAGCUCAUCUUUGUCGCUGUCCCAUUAUGGCGUCUGACAGCAAGGGCAGAGCCAUUGAUGCUAUCUCCAUUUUGAAGUUGUAAAUGUUCUUCUUCUUUUGUGUUUCAAAAAAGCAUAAAGAUAUAAUGGUGAUUUACCGCCACCUGAAUCAACUCUUGUGUGUCAUUCAUUUAUUGUGGCUACUAGAUGGUGGUGAUACAACUUAAAGCCAUUUACAAACCAGGUAACCCAAAGAAGAAGCCAAUGCUCUGGACAUUGGUUGAUCCCUCCCAACCCAUGGGAAUCCCCACCCAGUUGAGUACUUUAAAAUGAUGGAAGCCCUCAAUGGCAAUGUCCAUGCAAAAACAGGGUUAUAUCCAACUAGAGAGCUCUAACUAUCUGUAUGAUUCAACCCUAACCCUAGGCUCAACCACAUCCCUAACCCUAGCUUCAUGUCCACAUCCCUGUACAACACUAACCCUAGGCUCAACCACAUCCCUAACCCUAGCUUCAUGUUCACAUCCCUGUACAACACUAACCCUAGGCUCAACCACAACCCUAACCCUAACCCUAACCCUAGCUUCAUGUCCACAUCCCUGUACAACCCUAACCCUAGGCUCAACCACAUCCCUAACCCUAGCUUCAUGUCCACAUCCCUGUACAACACUAACCCUAGGCUCAACCACAUCCCUAACCCUAGCUUCAUGUCCACAUCCCUGUACAACCCUAACCCUAGGCUCAACCACAUCCCUAACCCUAGCUUCAUGUCCACAUCCCUGUACAACACUAACCCUAGCCUCAACUACAACGCUAACCCUAGCUUCAUGUCCACAUGCCAGUUCAACCCUCACCCUAACCCUCAACCCUAAUCCUAACCCUAGCUUCAUGUUCACAUCCCAGUACAACACUAACCCUAGCCUCAACCACAACCACAACCCUAACCCUAACCCUAACCCUAACCCUAGUUUCAUGUCCACAUCCCCGUUCAACCCUAACCUUAACCUACUGCAACCCUAACCCUUGUUAGGUACAACACCGUACAACAGACAUGUUCUGCCGGUGUUGUACCAGGAGUGUGUGUGUGUGUGUAACAGUGUGUCUUUGUGUCUCCCCUCAGAGACAUGUCCUGAUGGUAUUGUACCAGGAGUGGUUCCGUGUGUCCAGUCAGAAGGAUUCUCUGGCCGACACCGUCACCCUCUACCUGAGAGAGGUGGGCAUCACCACUCCAACUCUGCUGCGUUACAUUGUGAACCUGGCCGACGGUAACGGCAACACAGCGCUCCACUACAGCGUGUCCCACUCCAACUUCCCUGUGGUCAAACUGCUGCUGGACACAGGUAUGGGAUAAUCAUUCACCUCUCUCUUCUAUCAAUUCAAUUCAAUUCUCUCUCACCCCCUUUCUCUGUCUCUCUAUCGCACCCUUUCUCUCCUCAUCCUUUUUCCUCCUUGAGUCCUUAGCUAUUGAAUUGAAAUGGUCUGUGUGUGAGUUUGUAUGCGUUUGCGGCUUGUCAAAUAAAAUAAAAUAAAAUUGUAUUUGUCACAUGGGCCGAAUACAACAGGUGUAGACCUUACCGUGAAAUGCUUACUUACAAGCCCUUAACCAACAAUGCAGUUCAAGAAAUAGAGUUGAGAAAAUAUUUACUAAAUAAACUAAAGUAAAAAAUAAAAUAAAAAGUACCACAAUAAAAUAACAAUAACGAGGCUAUAUACAGGGGGUACCGGUACCGAGUCAAUGUGCGGGGGUACAGGUUAGUCAAGGUAAGUUGUACAUGUAGAUAGGGGUAAAGUGACUAUGCAUAGAUAAUAAACAGCGAGUAGCAGCAGUGCAAAAACAAAGGGGGGGGAGGGUGUCAAUGCAAAUAGUCUGGGUGACCAUUUGAUUAAUUGUUCAGCAGUCUUAUGGCUUGGGGGUAGAAGCUGUUAAGGAGCCUUUUGGACCUAGACUUGGCACUCUGUUACCGCUUGCCAUGCGGUAGCAGAGAGAACAAUCUAUGACUUUACCAUUUCUUGGGCCUUCCUCUGACACCGCCUAGUAUAUAGGUCCUGGAUGGCAGGAAGCUUGGCCCCAGUGAUGUACUGGGCAGUACGCACCACCCUCUGUAGCACCUUACGGUCGGAUGCCGAGCAGUUGCCAUACCAGGAGGUGAUGCAACCUGUCAGGAUGCUCUCGAUGGUGCAGCUGUAUAUCCUUUUGAGGAUCUGGGGACCAAUGCCAAAUCUUUUCAGUCUCCUGAGGUGGAAAAGGUGUUGUCGUGCCCUCUUCACGACUGUCUUGGUGUGUUUGGACCAUGAUAGUUUGUUGGUGAUGUGGACACCAAGGAACUUGAAACUCUCAAUCCGCUCCACUACAGCCCUGUCGAUGUUAAUGGGGGCCUGUUCAGCCCUGCUUUUUCUGUAGUCCACGAUCAGCUCCUUUUUCUUGCUCACACUGAGGGGAGAGGUUGUUGUCCUUGCACCACACUGCCAGGUCUCUGAUCUCCUCCCUAUAGGCUGUCUCAUCGUUGUCGGUGAUCAGGCCUACCACUGUUGUGUCAUCGGCAAACUUAAUGAUGGUGUUGGAGUCGUGCCUGGCCAUGCAGUCAUGGGUGAACAGGGAGUACAGGAGGGGACUGAGCACGCACCCCUGAGGGGCCCCCGUGUUGAGGAUCAGCGUGGCAGAUGUUGUUACCUACCCUUACCACCUGGGGGCAGCCUGUCAGGAAGUCCAGGAUCCAGUUGCAGAGGCAGGUGUUUAGUCCCAGGAUCCUUAGCUUAGUGAUGAGCUUUGUGGGCACUAUGGUGUUGAACACUGAGCUGUAGUCAAUGAACAGCAUUCUCACAUAGGUGUUCCUUUUGUCCAGGUGGGAAAGGGCAGUGUGAUUGAGAUUGCGUCAUCUGUGGAUCUGUUGGGGCGGUACGCGAAUUGGAGUGGGUCUAGGGUUUCUGGGAUAAUGGUGUUGAUGUGAUCCAUGACCAGCCUUUCAAAGCACUUCAUGGCUACUGGCUACUGACGCAAGUGCUACAGUGCGGUAGUCAUUUAGGCAGGUUACCUUCGCUUUCUUGGGCACAGGGACUAUGGUGGUCUCCUUGAAACAUGUAGGUAUUACAGACUCGGUCAGGGAGAGGUUAAAAAUGUCAGUGAAGACACUUGCCAGUUGGUCCACGCAUGCUCUGAGUAUACGUCCUGGUAAUCUGUCUGGCCACCGCGGCCUUGUGAAUGUUGACCUGUUUAAAGGUCUUGCUCACAUCGGCUAUGGAGAGCGUGAUCACACAGUCAUCCGGAACAGCUGGUGCUCUCAUGCAUUCUUUAGUGUUGCUUACCUCGAAGCGAGCAUAAAAAGCAUUUAGCUCGUCUGGUAGGCUUGCGUCACUGGGCAGCUCGCGGCUGGGUUUCCCUUUGUAGUCCGUAGUAGUUUGCAAGACCUGCCACAUCCGACGAGCAUCAGAGCCGGUGCAGUAGGAUUCAAUCUUAGUCCUGUAUUGAUGCUUUGCCUGUUUGAUGGUUCAUCUGAGGGCAUAGCGGGAUUUCUUAUAAGUGUCUGGAUUCUUGAAAGCAGCAGCUUUAACCUUUAGCUCGGUGCGGAUGUUGCCUGUAAUCCAUGGCUUCUGGUUGGGAUAUGUACGUACGGUCACUGUGGGGAUGACAUUUUCGAUGCACUUAUUGAUGAAGCCAUUGACUGUUGUGGUGUACUCCUCAAUGCCAUUGGAUGAAUCCUGGAACAUAUUCCAGUCUGUGGUAGCAAAACAGUCCUGUAGCGUAGCAUCCGCGUCAUCUCACCACUUCCACAUUGAACGAGUCACUGGUACUUCCUGCUUUUGUAGGAAUCAGGUGGGUAGAAUUAUGGUCAGAUUUGCCAAAUGGAGGGCGAGGUAGAGCUUUGUAUGUGUCUCUGUGUGUUACGUAAAGGUAGUCUAGAGUUUUUUUUCCUCUGGUUGCACAUGUGACAUGCUUGUAGAAAUGAGGUAAAACAGAUUUAAGUUUGCCUGCAUUAAAGUCCCCGGCCACUAGGAGCACCGCUUCUGGAUGAGCACUUAUACAACUCGUUGAGUGCGGUCUUAGUGCCAGCAUCGGUUUGGGGUGGUAAAUAAUAAUAAUAAUAUAGAUGAAAACUCUCUUGGUAGAUAGUGUGGUCUACAGCUUAUCAUGAGGUACUCUACAUCAGGCGAGCAAUACGUCGAGACUUCUUUAAAAUUAGACAUCGCGCACCAGCUUUUAUUGACAUAUAGACACACACCUCCACCCCUCGUCUUACAAGACGUAGCUUCUCUGUCCUGCCGAUGCACGGAAAACCCAGCCAGCUCUAUAUUAUCCGUGUCGUCGUUCAGCCACAACUCGGUGAAACAUAAGAUAUUACAGUUUUUAAUGUCCCGUUGGUAGGAUAGUCUCGAUCGUAGAGCAUCCAGUUUAUUUUCCAGUGAUUGCAUGCAUACGUAUGUGCAUGCAUACGUACAGUGAGGGAAAAAAGUAUUUGAUCCCCUGCUGAUUUUGUACGUUUGCCCACUGACAAAGAAAUGAUCAGUCUAUAAUUUUAAUGGUAGGUUUAUUUGAACAAUGAGAGACAGAAUAACAACAAAAAAAUCCAGAAAAACGCAUGUCAAAAAUGUAAUAAAUUGAUUUGCAUUUUAAUGAGGGAAAUAAGUAUUUGACCCCCUCUCAAUCAGAAAGAUUUCUGGCUCCCAGGUGUCUUUUAUACAGGUAACGAGCUGAGAUUAGGAGCACACUCUUAAAGGGAGUGCUCCUAAUCUCAGCUUGUUACCUGUAUAAAAGACACCUGUCCACAGAAGCAAUCAAUCAAUCAGAUUCCAAACUCUCCACCAUGGCCAAGACCAAAGAGCUCUCCAAGGAUGUAGACCUACACUCCAUGCAAGAUCUCACCUCGUGGAGUUGCAAUGGUCAUGAGAACGGUGAGGAAUCAGCCCAGAACUACACGGGAGGAUCUUGUCAAUGAUCUCAAGGCAGCUGGGACCAUAGUCAACAAGAAAACAAUUAGUAACACAUUACGCCGUGAAGGACUGAAAUCCUGCAGUGCCCGCAAGGUCCCCCUGCUCAAGAAAGCACAUAUACAGGGCAGUCUGAAGUUAGCCAAUGAACAUCUGAAUGAUUCAGAGGAGAACUGGGUGAAAGUGUUGUGGUCAGAUGAGACCAAAAUCGAGCUCUUUGGCAUCAACUCAACUCGCCGUGUUUGGAGGAGGAGUAAUGUUGCCUAUGACCCCAAGAACACCAUCCCCACCGUCAAACAUGGAGGUGGAAACAUUAUGCUUUGGGGAUGUUUUUCUGCUAAGGGCACAGGACAACUUCACCGCAUCAAAGGGACGAUGGAUGGGGCCAUGUACUGUCAAAUCUUGGGUGAGAACCUCCUUCCUUCAGCCAGGGCAUUGAAAAUGGGUCGUAGAUGGGUAUUCCAGCAUGACAAUGACCCAAAACACACGGCCAAGGCAACAAAGGAGUGGCUCAAGAAGAAGCACAUUAAGGUCCUGGAGUGGCCUAGCCAGUCUCCAGACCUUAAUCCCAUAGAAAAUCUGUGGAGGGAGCUGAAGGUUUGAGUUGCCAAACGUCAGCCUCGAAAUCUUAAUGACUUGGAGAAGAUCUGCAAAGAGGAGUGGAACAAAAUCCCUCCUGAGAUGUGUGCAAACCUGGUGGCCAACUACAAGAAACGUCUGACCUCUGUGAUUGCCAACAAGGGUUUUGUCACCAAGUACUAAGUCACGUUUUGCAGAGGGGUCAAAUACUUAUUUCCCUCAUUAAAAUGCAAAUCAAUUCAUAACAUUUUUGACAUGCGUUUUUCUGGAUUUUUAUGUUGUUAUUCUGUCUCUCACUGUUCAAAUAAACCUACCAUUAAAAGUAUAGACUGAUCAAUUCUCUGUCAGUGGGCAAACCUACAAAAUCAGCAGGGGAUCAAAUACUUUUUUCCCUCACUGUAUGUAUGUGUGUAUGUUCAUGUACUCAUACUUUUUUUUUGUGUGUACUGUGUGUGUGUGUGUGUGUGUGUGUGUGUGUGUGUGUGUGUGUGUGUGUGUAGGUCUGUGUGAGGUGGACAUCCAAAACAAGGCGGGCUACACAGCAGUGAUGCUGGCCUCCCUAACAGCUGCUGAUAGAUCAGAGGACAUGGAGGUGGCUCUGCAGCUGCUGAGACAGGGAGAUGUCAACGCCCGCGCCCGCCAGGUACACAAAACAUGUACACACUCUAUCUCUCUCUCUCACACACACACACACACACACCCCUGUAGACACAUUUACUCUAACCAAUUGUACACUCACAGACACACAUUAACACUGAGCCACUGUAUAUUCACACACACCUGCAGUCACAGACUGUAUAUUUACUCAGCUAUCUAUUGUACAAGCCAUUCUAUAGACACUGAAACACCUGUACACACAGUCACCUACACGCCUCUCUGGAUUUCUUACCUCUCCUGCACAAGUUUGUUGUUGUUUACCUUUUAAACCUUUAUAAUUUUGUUUUGUAUUUUCUUGUGUGCCAAAAAAAUACAUAUAUAUUUAACAAGAAAUACCUAUACUCAAUACUAACCUACUCACUCCGUCACUCAGGACCAGAGUACUUGCCUGUACUUGAUUCUCUUCCUCUCACACAUUCUUCCUACCACAAACAUAUACAGUGAGGGAAAAAAGUAUUUGAUCCCCUGCUGAUUUUGUACGUUUGCCCACUGACAAAGAAAUUAUCAGUCUAUAAUUUUAAUGGUAGGUUUAUUUGAACAGUGAGAGACAGAAUAACAACAAGAAAAUCCAGAAAAACGCAUGUCAAAAAUGUUAUAAAUUGAUUUGCAUUUUAAUGAGGGAAAUAAGCAUUUGACCCCCUCUCAAUCAGAAAGAUUUCUGGCUCCCAGGUGUCUUUUAUACAGGUAACGAGCUGAGAUUAAGAGCACACUCUUAAAGGGAGUGCUCCUAAUCUCAGCUUGUUACCUGUAUAAAAGACACCUGUCCACAGAAGCAAUCAAUCAAUCAGAUUCCAAACACUCCACCAUGGCCAAGACCAAAGAACUCUCCAAGGAUGUCAGGGACAAGAUUGUAGACCUACACAAGGCUGGAAUGGGCUACAAGACCAUCGCAAAGCAGCUUGGUGAGAAGGUGAAAACAGUUGGUGCUAUUAUUCACAAAUGGAAGAAACACAAAAUACCUGUCAAUCUCCCUCGGCCUGGGGCUCCAUGCAAGAUCUCACCUCGUGGAGUUGCAAUGAUCAUGAGAAUGGUGAGGAAUCAGCCCAGAACUACACGGGAGGAUCUUGUCAAUGAUCUCAAAGCAGCUGGGACCAUAGUCACCAAGAAAACAAUUGGUAACACACUACGCCGUGAAGGACUGAAAUCCUGCAGCGCCCGCAAGGUCCCCCUGCUCAAGAAAGCACAUAUACAGGCCCGUCUAAAGUUUGCCAAUGAACAUCUGAAUGAUUCAGAGGAGAACUGGGUGAAAGUGUUGUAGUCAGAUGAGACCAAAAUCGAGCUCUUUGGCAUCAACUCAACUCGCCGUGUUUGGAGGAGGAGGAAUGCUGCCUAUGACCCCAAGAACACUAUCCCCACCAUCAAACAUGGAGGUGGAAACAUUAUGCUUUGGGGGUGUUUUUCUGCUAAGGGGACAGGACAACUUAACCGCAUCCAAGGGAUGAUGGACGGGGCUAUGUACCGUCAAAUCUUGGGUGAGAACCUCCUUCCCUCAGCCAGGGCAUCGAAAAUGGGUCUUGGAUGGGUAUUCCAGCAUGACAAUGACACAAAACACAUGGCCAAGGCAACAAAGGAGUGGCUCAAGAAGAAGCACAUUAAGGUCCUGGAGUGGCCUAGCCAGUCUCCAGACCUUAAUCCCAUAGAAAAUCUGUGGAGGGAGCUGAAGGUUUGAGUUGCCAAACGUCAGCCUCGAAAUCUUAAUGACUUGGAGAAGAUCUGCAAAGAGGAGUGGAACAAAAUCCCUCCUGAGAUGUGUGCAAACCUGGUGGCCAACUACAAGAAACGUCUGACCUCUGUGAUUGCCAACAAGGGUUUUGCCACCACGUACUAAGUCACGUUUUGCAGAGGGGUCAAAUACUUAUUUCCCUCAUUAAAAUGCAAAUCAAUUUAUAACAUUUUUGACAUGCGUUUUUCUGGAUUUUUUGUUGUUGUUGUUGUUAUUCUGUCUCUCACUGUUCAAAUUGAAAUUAAAAUUAAAGACUGAUCAUGUCUUUGUCAGUGGGCAAAUGUACAAAAUCAGCAGGGGAUCAAAUACUUUUUUCCCUCACUGUAUAGUUUCCCUCUCUCACAUUUCCUUCCUGUCUUCUUUUCUUUUCUCUUACUUCUCUCUCUCCUGGUAUCUAGGCAGGGCAGACGGCUCUGAUGCUAUCGGUCAGCCAUGGUCGUACAGCCAUGGUGCGGUUGCUGCUGAGCUGCCAAGCUGACCUCAACAUUCAGGACAAAGAUGGUUCGACCGCACUCAUGUGUGCCUGUGAGCACGGUCACACCGAGAUCGCUCGGGUGCUACUGGAGUCUGGACACUGUGACACCAGUCUCACAGACAAGGUAGGGACGCACGCACACACAUGCUGUACACAGAAAUACAUCAGGGCAUACACACGAACAUUAACACAUACAUACCACAGGAGGUUGGUGGCACCUUAAUUGGGGAGAACGGGCUCGUGGUAAUGACUGGUAUCAAAUACAUUUCCAUUUGCUCCAUUCCGGUCAUUAUUAUGAGCCUCCUGUGAUACAUACAGUACAGUUACUUUUGGACUUCCCAAAAUGUUGCAUUUCAAAACAAGACAACAGUGCCACUACCUGGCUAAAACUGUGAAGUGCAUCUUGUUAAUUGAUUUGAAUGUGACGAGCACACAGACUCUCAGACGAUGUCAAAUCCCCUAACCUUUGAGCUGCAGGGAAUUGACCAGAAACACACUAUCCUAUUUUACCUCCACGGAGUGAUAGCAGCAUGGGCAGCCAGAUAUGGUAGGAAAUAGCUGCUAGGUUAAUGACUGUUUUGCAGUGAUGUCUCUCUGGGUUUGACACGCUAAUCCCUCCUAGAAGGUAUUACACUGUACUGGAUGUGUAGCGGUGUCUGUGCGUGAAUUGCGCGGAGGCUAUGGCUAGAAUCAGACCUUAGGCCUCCAGGGCAGAGUCAGACAAGGAGCUAAUGUAGACCCUGGAACCUCAGACAUAUGUAUGUGUGCUGGGUUGUGGCUGAGACAGACAGGCUGUAAAUAUCACUCUCUCUAUCCAGCUCUCUAGCUCUUCCUUUCCCAUGGCCCUGACAUGGUAUUUUCCUGCUCUCACUCUGGUCCCAUAUUUAUCUCACUAUGUGUUCAAUUCAACAAUACUUAAUUUAUACCCAUGAAGAGACCCUAAUGCAAAACAUCCCACAAGCCAGCCAGGAGUCGAACCUAGAAUAUUCCGAUUCGUAGUCAGACGCAUUAUCCAUUGCACCACUGGCCCACUGUGAAGAUGACCUUUUUUGGGGUGUAGGUUUUAGCCGUAUGCUCAUUACCCAGGUCUCAUGUUUCUCCUGUUGGUCCUACUGUGGGAAGGGGGGAGGGAGGGAGGGAGGGAGGGAGGAGUCUAAAGCACACAUUCUCUGGCUAGUGGAGAGGACAGUGUUCACUGUUCAAACAUGAUUGACCCACACCGUUUUUGUUUACUCUAAAAGUGAAUCAACAUUCUCUCUCUCUCUCUCUCUCUCUCUCUCUCUCUAGGAUGGUCAGAGUGCUCUGUCGGUGGUGGUAGCGGCCUCCAAUGCUGAGCUAGUUGACCUUCUCAAGUCCCACUCAGACUCCACCACCACCCAGGCCUCCAACCCCUCCACCACCUCUCUUCCCCCCCAGUAG